UGUCAGCAGCAACCACUGGCGUGUGUGUGUGUGUGUGAGAGAGAGAGAGAGAGUGUGACGAAAGCAGUGGCAUCAGGAAAGGAGGAAUCAGAGCGAUCAGCAGUGCCAGUGGAUACACUGCAGCCAGCACGCUGAGGACACACACACACGCGCAUAUUGGAGAAGGCGUGUGUGUGUGUGAGGACGAGCGAGCAGAUGUGGGUGAAGCUGAAGCGAGGUGUGGAUCUUUCCAGAGCUGAGUGGUGAGGGGAGGGGGAAGGAGCCGUUUCUGUAGCCCAGCCGGAGGCUUUGUAGGUGGGCUAUAAUCAGGCCCACACCUGCCUCCUCUGGAGAGGUGGAGAGAAGCAGAGGAAGCUGUUUUUUUCCCCAGUUCCAGCAUGCAGGGACACCAAAGAUGGGCAUCUUCCUCCUUCCAGACAUCAUCCUCUUCCUCGCGACUGUGUGCAAUGCCUCUGGGCUGCGUAGUCAUCACCAGGCUUGCCUUUCGGCCGCAUGUGUGAGCACAAGUGUGUGUGUGGAGAAGGAUCACACCGUAUGGUGCUGAGGACAGCACACACUCACAUACACACUCAUAAACGCACUCCUAGCAGGUCGGUUGCCUUGGGAAUCGAACCACAGACACAGUGAUCCCUUUCUCAGUGGGCCGUGCUAAAGAAUGGACGGCAGUGAGGAUGAAUGUAUGCAUUUUCUGCAGUAUGUUGAGGACAGUGGUUUAAGAGCUUACGACGAACUUGUGAUCCAGAACGCCUCAGACAUCGCCCGUGAGAGUGACCGUAUCCGCAACCACACACAUUGGGCAUACCUACAGGAACAGAGUCAGAAGAAGAGGCGUCAGGACGAGGCCAUCAAGAGGUUGCUGGAUAUAGCGGUGCCCUGGGUCUUAACUUCUCGGUCUUCCACAGCAUCCAAGAGUCGCCCAUGCAGUGAGGAAUAUCGCCGCAUGCCUCCCCCCAAACCCAAGCGUAACCCCAACACUCAGCUCAGCACCUCCUUCGACGAAUCCUACAUCAGAAACCACGGCACCAAGUUCAAAUCUGCCUCUUUGCCCCGGCGGCAGAAAAAGAAGUCGGCAUCCCAAAAUCAAAGCCCUGCCCCGGACACUGAUGAGGAGGCGGAGCCUGUAUACAUAGAGAUGGUGGGGAAUAUUCUUCGUGACUUCAGCCAUAUCACUGGAGGCAAUGCUGAUGAAGAGGACGAUCAGGGUGAGAGUGUAUAUGAGGAGAUGAAAUAUCCCACUUACGAAGAAGUAGCCCUGCCUCCUGAGCAUGCCCAGUCACGCUGGGAUCCGAACGCCACAGCUGCAGUUCCAGAUGUGGAACUCACUCGGCCGACAACCCCUCGUGGCUCACUUUGUGACAUCCCUGCCCCCUUUCCUAACUUGUUGACUCACAGGCCCCCACUGUUGGUAUUCCCCCCAGCCCCGGCACAGUGUUCCCCAAAUUCAGAUGAAUCCCCCCUUACUCCACUUGAGGUCACCAAACUUCCCAUGCUAGAAAAUGUUGGCUACGGCAAACCUGGUGCCUCUCCGACAGCUGGUGACCCUGGGCAGCCCUUGCCACCGCAGCAACCUUCUGGACAACACCACCACCAUCACCACCACAAGAAAUCAUCGGACAAAGAACCUUCCACCCAAACGAUCACGGCAUCUGGACGCUCCUCAGCCCCGCCGCUUCCAUCAGCAUUGUACAAAAGUGGUGGCUCCUCUGCAGCGCAUGGUUACCCCAGAAGCCACUCUGCCUGCCCAUCUCCUGUUAGCAUGGGACGUGCACUGACCCCUCUCAGCCUAAAACGGCCACCGCCGUACGAUGCUCUGCUGACUGGCACCAUUCCCCGCAGUGCCUCCGGAGUCCCUCAUGGAUCCCGUGAGAGCGGACGCCUCUCAAACUCCUCCAGCAUCCAUGGUGGAUCCAUGCAAAAUGUUUCCACUGCAUCAGGAGGAUCAGGGGGGUCCAGUUCAGGGUCAGGAGGCCGUGGAUGCCGUACACCCACCAGUCCUCUGGACGAACUCAGCAACUUGUUUACCUCUGGAAAGAACAUGCUGAGAAAAGGCUCUGGGGGACGUAAGAGCAAGGAGCUCUGUGAAAUUGAGGGGAAAGCCAGGAGCCACAGUACUGACAGUAAGGAUCGAGCUCUACGCAGCUCAUCUCCAAAAGCGCAGGAUUGGGACACGCCCUCAGGACAAUUUGCCACGCCCACUCGUCUGGGGCGCUCCUCUGUCAGUCCAACCACCAUGCUGGGGGGUGGAGCUUCAGAACCAAAAGCCGCCUGUAAGCUCGGUCGCUCUGCCUCGACAUCAGGAGUCCCCUCACCUGUUGGAACCCCCCAGAGGCAUGCCCCUGAACCCUCAGCCAAUCAGAGUGGGACCCCAUUCCAGAUGCCCCCGUUUCCAUGGGCAUGUGGGGACCACACCAUGAUGGAGAUGAUCGAGAAGAAACGGCAUCUGUGCAAAGAGAUUAAAGCACGGCAGAAACCUCCGGACAAGGCCCUCUGCAAGCAGGACAGCAUGCCCAUCCUGCCCAGCUGGAAGAAGACCAAUGGGGGCAAGAAAUACGGCCCUCCGCCCUACUCCACCCAGACCACUGUCUUCUGGGACACGGCCAUCUAACUGAAGGAGUGUGUGCUCCAGUCCAACGAAGAAUGGGAACAUACAGGGUGAGAGGGUGUGGCAAAACAAUAGCUGACCACCAAUAGUAGUGAAGGGAAAGGAAGUGAACUUCUGUAGCAAAUUCAAUUAAAUCUGAGGGAUCCGAUCUCCUUGGUUUCUUAUCACGGUUUAUAUUUAAUAUUUUUAUAUUGGAAAUUGUCUUAAUAUCAAAUAUGCUUAGAGUAAUUAGAAAUUUUAUAUAGGAGAACUCUCUUAAAUGAGUUGACAUCUCAGAGUGGAAAAUUGUAGAUGUUUAGCCAUGAGAUGAUCUGCGUUCUUUCAAAGACAGGAUUUCUUUUUAUUUCUUUUCUUUUUUCUUUAUUUUUCUUUUUUGUUUUAUAUGUUGCAUCGACACUCAUCUGGGAGGGGGGAAAUAUAUAUAUAUAUAUACACACACACACACAUAUAUAUAUAUAUAUAUAAACAUAUAUACAGUAUAACAAUGAAUUAUGUGAGAAUUAAAUAUGCCACAGUUUUUAUAUAUGUGUUAAAAGAAUGUCAAAAGUUUUAUUUGAUAUGGUGAUUUAACAAAAGCACUAUUUUAAGAAAAGGAGUCUAUUUUGGCAUCUUGAACUUGGAUGUUGAAUCGGAUUGUUACAAUAGUGGAUCGUCGUUGAGGUCUUGUUGUGUGUAUUUGAGGUGCUGAUCUCUCAUCAAAAACAAAGAGGUUGCCAUCAAUCACUUUAAAGCCUGAUUUCUCUGGUGCUGUUCAACUUUUUCCUUGAGCGUCCCUGCCAUAAAGACUACAUAAACAUAGUCAAAAAUAUGUAAUAACAAGUGCUACAACUCUUAAGGAGCAGAUCAGCCGAAAAUGCUGAACUGGCUAACAAUAGAUAAGGUGAGCAGGGUAUGAAAGCCAGUUAGUUCUUGUUUUUGGCUGCAUUAGGCAAAUAUAGCAAUAUUGCUCAGCAGGUCACAUUAAACUGGGUGCAUUUUAAAAAGCAUAUUGCUUCAGAGUUGGAUCAGCACAGCUUGUGACUGGAUCAUCACCCUGUUGUAUGGACAUAACAUCAACAUGUGUGUCUAGUUUAGAUAUAAUCCCAUUCAAGACAUUUUUGACACUGUUGUUGUAGCCUUUUUCAUGGACGCUCAAGACUACCAACUCAACAGGUUUACAUGGUUCUAGCAUAUAAGAGCAUUUAUGCUUUCCAAGAAACAACACUUAUUGCAAAAAUGUCCACAAAGCAUGCAUUAAAAAGUGGAAACGUUGUAGAUCAGCAUCCGGCAGGCUUACCAUGAUCUGUACCAAGUUUACCACAUCUGUACCAAGUUUACUACAAUCACUAUGGAAGAGCCAUAUUUCUAUGUCCAGCCACACCUGGGACACGGACACGAACUGGAAUCGUGACCUUUGCCUAAUGGAAAACAUAGCAGGAAUCAGACAUGGCAAUAGGCGGAGAGAUCGACCAUAUGCCUGAAUAAAGCGCAUGCCUUGAUAGAGUGAACCUUGAAUUCAACAGAUUCAAAUCUGAUUCUGAAUCAAAACGAUCCAGAGUGGACUGGAGCGAUUUGAUUCCGAAUCGAAUGGAGUUAUAUAGUGUGGAUGUCAGUUGUCCUUUGUGAUGUAUAGAGUUCUGAUUUGUUUUCUGUCACUGAUAGGUGGAAAUAGUGAAUCAGCAGUGAUCAGGUGGUUGUGUCAUUUAGCCGUUGUUUACUGGCUAUCGUAGUAAUUUAACAAACAUUGAUCGGCUGGCUUCUCUGCCAGCCACCAGAGGGACCAAUCCACAUCUUUCACCUCUGCCCAUUAAUAAGGGCAGCACUCUCACAAGCUUCUAAAACUACGGAUGGCAUCGUGCUGUGGUGUUCACUGUUUACCAUGGACUCACUGUGCUCUCUGGUUUUUUGCACUGCUGAGGGCAGGACUUUGUGAUGUCAUGUUAAACGUCUGAUUGGUGAUUGCUCAGGUGUGACAAAGCCACACCCCCAAAGAUGGGGUCAGUGAAACCUAAAGCCCCUCCCCCGUUAUGCCGACGGCACCCCACUCAACCCUGUUCUCCAUCCUUCGAAUACACCUACAUACAAAUACACGUACACACUCAUAGAGCUUGACAUCCAUGCAAAAAGCGUUGCCUUGGAGACCCGGGUUCACUGUGACUAAACGUGGCGGAGACUUUGGGAGGGGCUGAAAGGUCAAAUUGUGAAUUGUGCAGUAAAUAAGUAUAAGUGAGAAACACCACCAACACCAGAUGCAAUGAAGAAGAAGAGCAAAUCAAGAUGGAAUAAACUGAGGGUGACUUGGUAAGGUGCUAAGUCAGUACUGUGGUAACAUUUUACACAACUAGUGGGCGGUGUGGUUCUGAUGGUUCAGCCAUGAGUCAUUCCGUGGCCAGGUUAUUAAACAGAGCGUAAGCCCAAUUCGAGCUGGAUUCGUUUUUCCAGAGGAGGCUCAGAAACGUAAUUUGUGUGUGAUUUGCCAUACAGAUCUGUGUUGUUUCCCAAUGUUACCUCAAAUAGCCUGAAUUCCGUUUACAUCAGUUUUGGACACCACAAUUCUUAUAACAGCACAUUGUGCAGCUAAGUGGCAAAUAUUGUGCCAGAAAAAACAACAACAACAACAACAACAACAACAACAACAAAAAAAGAAUUAUUACUUAGCAGACUUACAAAAACUACUGACCUGGCAGGUUCCUACUGGAUUAAAAUCACAGAUCUUGUUGGCAAUCACUAAAAAUACAGCACUCCUCCAGGUAAAACUAAUCCACCUCAAAGAGGGUUUUGUUAAGGUCAACCAUUAGUCCAGAGAGAGGAUUUAAAGUGAAAGCAAAGGUCUAGACCUUGUGGAAAAUCCUGAACCAUCAUCACUCUUUAGUGGCCCAGCGUCCACAGCAGAUCUAAACACAUUCUGUUCACUUUCAGCACAACAUCCACGCCUGUACAAGCUUUCGAUGAUUUAAGCCUAUUCAGGGGAAGAUGGUAUAGUGAGAGAAAAGCUGCACUGUCUCAUGUUUUCAGACAUGCAGACAAGAUGAAAACUGUAACAAAUGAUACUUGAAAGGGUCUUAGAUCGCUCAGCACAUGUAGUUUAAACUGACAGACAACAUGGAUAGGACGCAGAACGAUGCUGGUGGCAUUAACUUAUUCAAGCUCCGCCCACAGAAGGGUUCUUUCGUAACUACCGUUGCUGUAUUGGACGAACUUCGGAAAACACGGGCCAAAAUUCCAUUCAGCUUAAUGAGAAAGUGGAGCUAAUAUUUUUGGCAAGAUAUCGACAUAUUAAUACAUUUAGAUUGUGAUUUUCACUUGUACACAUUUUAAAGGCCACACUUUGGGGCAGAUCAGGUGGUAUUUGUUUUUUGUGCAGUUGAGCUACAUGCAGCCUAUGUGAGUGACUGAAUCCUGUAAUUUUAGGGACUAAGUUGUUGCUGUCAGCCUAUGAUCUUAUUAUUGAUAUUCCUCAAGACAACAUCCCGUCGUGAUUUCUACUUUUACUGUAAUGUGAGUAGCGGUGGACCAUAUGGCAGAAAUAUCACAACAUAUAAAACAUAUAAAAGAAAUUUUCACCGCAUAAUAUAGUUUACAAUAUUUGAUUUCUUACAUCUGUUAAGUUGGAAUGAACAAUAAAGAACCACAAGCGGCAACUCAUUUGUUAAUCUAGUUAAUCAGGCCUAAUCAGGCGCUUUUUGUAAUAAAACAUGUGCUCAGUGCUCUGUAAAUACUGAUAAUAUUCACAAUAUACUCUGAAAAGUGUGUUGUGGCAUUAUUUAUCAAGAUAUUGAUUAAUAUUGUCAUUUUGCCCAGUCUUAAAUGUGGGUAUAUGGCCUGUACAAUGGGGAAAAUGUUAUGUGCAGGUCCCUUAAGAUACUGACCAUGGUACAGUAGCUAGAGCCAUACAGUGUUAGCUUAGCUGAUGUUCACCCUAUAAAAACCCAGUCUAUACCCAGUCAAUCUAAACAGUGUGGCCUUUUACAUGCCUAAUAAAUACAAGCUAUUGAAAUUUAUAUCACUCAAAAUGUACUAUUUUAGCAAUUUUGGCUGCUAGAAUUUCUGGUUUUUACCUGUAAAAAUGUCCAGCCUGGCAACCAUUGCUACAAAAAACCACAGCUGUGAGCAGAGCAUGGAUACAGUCGUGUCCAAAUGAACUGUUUUGUCGAUUUUAAAAUAAGUAAAAAUAAGUUGACACAUUUUCCACAAAGAACUGCACAUUUUAAUGCGCAGUUCAACAUAUUGUGGGGCGGAGGUGCAACAAAGAUUCAAAUCAUCAAAAUCAUCAAAAACGGAUUUCAGAAAUUCCAUUUGUUGACCAUUUGAACUGCACAUUCAUGGCCCGCUUUGUCAUAUUGAAUUAGCCCCCAACAUUAAAACACAUAAAUGUGAAAAGACAACAUGCUACACACUUUCUCACAGAAAAAAAAUAAAAUAAUGAAAAAAAAAUCUUUUUUUUUUU